GGAAAAUAUUUUGCGCCCGUGGGUCAGUCGGCGCCAGGAGAGGACCACGAGUGAGACCCAGACCGAGACCCAGAGGACCCAGCGAGGCCAGGACAACCUCUCCUUCCAUAUGCAGGGUGCGCGGGAAUAAGAAUUCAACUAUGAAGUGGAGAGACAGGAUAUCAAUACUGUCAAGAAAACGUAACCGGAGAAGUGGUGUGGGGGGACAGCCCAAUGGCUCAGCCAGCAGCAGCCUGGCCUCGGGCUCUGGCGUGGCCAGGCAGGCCACCGAGCCUGCUCCCAGCACUGGCUCCAGGGAGAGCGUGGAAACGACCCUCUCCCAGCUGCGGCCUGUCAUUGGCCCGGACCACAAGAGCUACUACAUUCUGCUGCGGGGGAACGGUGACCUCUUCACCUGCAUCCAGCCGGCCAAGAACGUCAUCAACAGCCUGGAUGAUAUGAUGAAGAAUGUCAUGAGCAGUGUCAGGUCCGCCAAGGCGCCAGAAGUGACUGCUCACCCCAAGCGGCCCAGACCUAGCCAGGCCAAGACCUACUCCACUUCCACUGUGCACAAACACGGGGUCAGUGGCCGGAGGAACGGGGUGCAAGCGGUGCUGCUGGGCGAAGGGAAUGCCCCAGUGGCUGGCGUCCGGCUCGAGGACAUGCUUGUGAUGAGGGAUAGGGGGAGUGUGGGGGCAAGCAGCAUUGUGCAGAGUGUUGCCACUGGCAGGACAGUGCCACAAGUGAACAGUGAACUGGUGGUAUCCCAGCGGCCAAGAGCAGGUGUUCUCAUGCCUCAACCCACAGUGCAAAGUAGGUUAGUUUCCCAAACUAGUACAAAUAACAACAUUGUGAAGCCGGAACCCACUCUUCUCCUCUCUCAAGACAGCAGUGAGGAAAUCAGUCAGAGUUCAGAGUUCCUGCCCUCUCAGGAUCUCCUGAGGGCGACCCUGAGUGCUCCUCUGCGGAGAAAGGAGACCACCGGCCAGACCAAAGUGACCAAUGGCCUUGAGGGUCCUGCAGGCCAGACCAUUCCAAACACACAGCCCAAGAAGACAGAGGCAGCAGCAGGGAGCAGCCUGAGCAGCAUGCUGGCCAGCAUAGCGCCGAACACCCUGCAGGAGCUGCAGCUCAUAGCCAAGGAGGGCACGGUGCUGACAGAGCAGGAGAUUGCAGCGCAGAUCAAGACACUCAUAGAGACGGAGCAGCUCAUGAUGGUGGACAACACACAGAUCAUUGUGUUGAGAGUGUCGGAGCGAGAGGUGAUAGUGAAGCUGGUCCUGAGUGACUUGCCAGUGAGGCCAGUCACUGAGGUGCAGGUUAAGGCCCAGACAAACCACCAACAACACCUAAUACAACAACAACAGCAGCAACAGGAACAGCAACAGCAGCAGCAACAGCAACAGGAUCAACAGCAGCAGCAACAACAGCAGCAGCAGCAGCAGCAGCAGCAGCAGCAGCAGUACGCCACAUACAUUAGCAGUGGCAAGAGUUUUCUGAAGGCGGUGAAGCAUGAACCCAUAGUGAAGCAGGAGGUGACCAUCUCUCCCUGCAUCUCCCCAGUGCCUGGGGAGGACUGCUUCUCCCAGGACAUGCUGGUGCCUCGGCCCACCCAAGACACCGACCUGGACUGUUUUUUCUCCUACACUGAGGGAAAGCAGGCCUUUGAAGGGAUGAGAGGCAUCUCUUUGGACCCCACCUGUAUGCUGGAUACUCUUGCUGAACCCCUGGUGGAGUCGCUGGUGAACACAGCACAGCAGCAGCAGCAGCAAGAUGAGCUGGAGAAACUGCCCUGUGAGGUGGGUGACCUGGACGAUCUGGGACAGUCUCUGCUGGAGGGCACCGGGGAGAUUGUGGUGAUCCAGCAGGAGGAUGGAACCUUGGUCACCCAGGAUGGAAUUCCAAUCUCAAGUGAACUGCAGUACUUGAUAGCCAGUUCACAGCAGGACUUCACCUCUUCCCUGGGACCUGAGGGUCAGAAUAAUCAUAUCUUAGUGCCUCCUGAAGCCUUUGAAGACCACACAGUAGAUGUUAACUGUGAGCUGUGAACUAAAGGCUUUGCAGAGUAAGUGUAAAUGGUGAUGCACUUAACCUUUAUCUUGAUCUUUAUCUCCCAAGAAAUCUCUGCUGGGUCUCCACACUUGAGGGUGGGUAGUGUUCCUUGAUGUAUUAAGGAUUACAUGGAAGUGUUUAUGAAGUCUUGAUAAAGUUGCUGACCAGUCUUCAUACUGCCAAUAUUCUUCAACUUCAAACUUUUCCACAAAUAUAUAGAAGUGAUAGAACAGAAGCUUCUCUAGAAUGACAGAAUAGCAACUUAGGGGGAAACUGGGGGAAAAAACUUUUUGAUAUUAGGUACUGGAUUUGUGGAAAACAACUUAUCACUAUUUUAACAACUCAAUGACAGUGACCAUAUCAGCAGCAAGUGAUAUUAAACCAUCACAUUUUGCUCAUUACCUUGACAUUUAGAUCUGCCCCAUUGACACACUCACACAAGUAACAUGUUAGCAUUGUGGCAGGCACAUCUCUCUCAUCCUGCUCCAAUUUCAUGUUAUCAGUGCCAGUUUGAAACCUUCCAUUUAUUCUGUGUGUGUCCCAACCACUAGACAUAACUAGAUCUCCUGAACAGUGCCUGAAACCCUUCACUGUGCUGUGUGGGUGAGUGGUGACACUUAUUCCUGCACACACUCCUCUCUGUCUUCCUCCUGGCUCACUAUAAUAUUCCCUACAUAACAGGUGGAAGACAGAGUUGAAAGAGUAUGUCAGGAGAAGGUGCAAGGCAACAGGAAGCAGGAACUCUGAUUAGUGGGGACUUUGAUGUCAUAGUUGCACCAGUGGAGACAGUUAGUGGAGAGAGCAAGGCAUCAAGAGGCAAAGAAUAGAAUUUACACAUAUCACUAAUCAUGUAAUGCAGAAACUUAUAUCUAAUUUGACUGAAGAGUAAUAUAAUUUUUGAUAUGGUUUCAGAUUAGUGGUGGUAGAUUGCCAGUUACAGGGAAGUGGAUAAUCAAUGCAUGUUUUAAAAGUUCUAAAAUGUGUAGAGCAAGUCUGUUUACUUACAUUUCUAAAGGUUACAAGCUUCUGUGCAAAAUAAUCAGCCUUGAGUGAAUGCCCAGGGAAUUGUGUGAUGGACAGGAACUCUUCGCUUAUUAAUGUGGAAUUUCAGGGAAUCAUUGCAUUUUUUUUUAUUACAGAAGCCAUCACAAUCACAAGAUCCAGAAAAGACAUUUAUUCUGACCUGUCACCUUUAGCCCCUAACCUCCAGAUCAUGUGUAUAGUUGUAAAUAGACAUUGAGGCAUUUUCCAUUAAUUUGAGUACCAAGGAAAGUUUUAUUUUGAUUGGCAGGCACAGUUAUCUCAGUGAUGAUGUGGUCUGCUCAGUCAUAUGUCUCCUGGAACGACUUGCAUCUCGCUUAGCCAGUGUGUUGUUUGUCAGUUGCCUAUGUGCCGGGAGGUUAGAGGUCAGGUGUUGUGUUGACGUGUGGCAGCGUGUGUGCUGUCCUCAUGUCCUAUGCAAAUCAGGCCAAGUCUUACAGAAUGGCUAGGAUGAAGCAUUUUCCUGGUAUUUCAUGUCAUGGUGUUUUGCAGUGUUUCUUUAAUUGUGAUAUUGUUCCAAUGACUCGACACCACAGGAAGUGCAGCUCGUGAGGAGUUGACCUAAAAGUGGCUGUGUAUACUGGCCUUGACUACAUCCCUGGUGGGCCUUCAGAUCACCUCAGGACCACUCCUGUGACACUUGUUGUAGUGCAGUGUAGCUCCUUGUCUCCUAAAGUGAUGUGUAGCAAAGAAACCCAUCUGGUCAUUGCCUACCUCUCACUGUACAUUAUCACCAGCAAGUUACACUGUUCCCUUGGUCGGAUGUUGUGUUGUCCUUGGAAGUGAAGGUUAUUCAGUGCUGUGUUUUGUUGCUCCUUGUUUCCAGUACCUGCAGACUUGUCACAGCACAGGUUGUCCAGUCUUGAUAAAGAUGUGUGUGUGUGUGUGUGUGUGUGUGUGUGUGUGUGUGUGUGUGUGUGUGUGUGUGUGUGUGUGUGUGUGUGUGUGUGUGUGUGUGUGUGUGUGUGUGUGUGUGCAGGUGCUUUUACAGGAUCAAAGGUGAUGCAAUUUUUUUUCCUUUUUAUGGUAUAUAGCAAAUAUAAAGUGAGGUGAUCUUGUACUGACUUUGUGUAAAGUGUUUUGUUUCUUUAAAAUUAUGGUGAUUGAUUGAUUGAUUUGUUUAUUUAUAAAGGUAUUUUGUUUAUAUUAUUUUUUAGAAAGGUCAGUAUUUUUUAUAUUUCAUAGGAAAUCUUCAGUACAACAAGAAAGGAAAUUAGAAAGUAUUGUUUUUUUAUUAAUUUUCUUAGUGUAUGUGGUACAGCACACAUACAGGCUGUGUUGCUUCACUGUGUGUUUUGUGGAAGAUGUAGGAAUGUAGGUACAGCUUGAACUGAUACACUGGUGGUGACUUGUUCUCACCAAACACUGGAGAAUCAUGUGAACUGUGAUACUGCAAAACUUAGUAAAACAGUAAGACUUCCAUGUAAUCAGCAGUAGGUAUCACACUACUUACUGGCUGAGUGUAACCUGUUAUUGUCAUCUUUAGUGAGAUGUGUGACUAUGUUUUAAAUUGUUUGUAUUUAUUUAUUUUUUGUAUUUGUACCUCACUCACUGACAAGGGUCUUAUUGUGAGGUACAUGUUCCUGAAUUCUAGUAAUUCAGCAAUUCACAAAACUUUAUUUAAGGCUUUUGUAAAUAUUAUGAUCAGAGUCUAGAAACUGAAGGCUUUGGUCUGAGUUAUUCAUAUCACUUGUCCAUACAUGUUUGUGUGGAACGAGUGACAGUGUGGUGGGCAUUUACGUCAUGAUGCAACGGUGGGACGCUUCUUCCACUGAGACCUUUCUCUUGCACAGUGCAGCACACCUCUGCUCAUUGACUGUGAGGUGUGGUGUGCAGUACGAGUACUUCCAUGAGCAUUCCAUGAAGAUGAUUCAAAUUGAUACUCCAAAAAUAUCAUCUGAACACACACACACACACACACACACACACACACACACACACACACACACAUUAUUAUUAUUAUUAUUAUUAUUAUUAUUAUUAUUACACACACACACACACACACACACACACACACACACACACACACACACACACACACACACACACACACACACACACACACAUCUACUUCAGUUUGGUGUUUAUUGCCAUCAGUUUCAAGUCACAGUGCAGUCCUCUUAUGAGAAUCAGUCAGGAAAGUAUUAGUGCAAGAAUUCUUGGAGAAGACUUGUCACUUUCCUUCUGCCAGUUUAGAAAGUCGUAAAUGAUGGAUAUCUGCCAACCACGACCGCUGCUGAGCCCCACUGCCACCCUGUCUCAUCUCAGUGGUGGGGAGUGCCAGGGUCUUGUGUUUUCUUCUAGUCUGGAGGUCAAGAAUUCAAACUAUGUAUAGGAACAAAAAAAAUGUAUUUUUCUAUAUCCUAGUUUCAGUCGUAGGUUUUUUGCCGUCAAGAAUUCAGUGUUUUUGAUAAUUUAUUUUUGUGUAAACUUUGUCAUUUAUCAAAGUUUGCCUCAUGCAUUACUCCUGAGGUUUUUUUCCCUCUCUUCUACUCUCUUAGCUUAUUGUAAGUAAGUACAGGUCCAAAUUUGAUCAGGAUAGCAACAUGUCGAGUAAUCAGUCAGUUUUUCAUUCCAGGAACUCACCGUCACUUAGUUAAUUUUGUGAAACUAGAUAUGGCAAAUACCUUGAUAUCAUUCACUGUUUUGGUUCAGAACUCUGCUGCUGAAGCCAGAUAAGUCAACUAUUUAUUGUAUGAUCAGGAAUUUUAUAAAACCAGAUAACAACAUUAACAAUGGACGGACGUGGAAACGCGUCGGAACCAAAACUGGCACUUGUUACUUAGAGUCGAGUUGAGAAGACUUUGGAAUCAGGAUUGAGCCAAAUUGCAGCACAUCCAGAUUCGUGAGACACCAAAUACUUCAUUGUAGCCUGUGCGUGUCUUCAUGGCAAUUUGUGACCAGCAUGGAUGAUUGCUCCCCAUUAACAAGAAUAUUCAAAUUCCAUAUGAAUGUAUUGCUAUUUUUGUAUAAGAAAUAAAGAAAGUUGUUAAAA